UAGAACAUGGAAGUUGGGUUGGGAACGAGUUUGUUUUGAUUUUGAACAUUAUUUUUGUGGAGUAAAGAAAGACCACUGAACGAACUGAAUAGGCUAGCUACGCAACUCUCAAUCGACUGAAAAUGUCUAAACUACAGUUGUUGCGUGUGUUUUUAAAUGAGCGUUUAACGGCGGCUGCUGUGGAGAUUUUCGGGGCAGUUGAGAAAACGGUAGUGGAGUACCAGGAGGAGAAUGAUUGGCUACGGAGACUACUGCAGAUAACACCAGAGAUACAACUAUGUAGAAUAGACUCCCUGCAGCUCUCUGUCUCUGAAGAGGAGGUUCCCCCUGAGCAGCAGCACUGUGAGCAGGAGUGGAGCCCCAGUCUGGGGCAGGAGGACCCAGAGCCCACACAGAUUAAAGAGGAACAGGAGGAACUCAGGACCAGUCAGGAGGAAGAGCAGCUUCAAGGGCUGGAGGCUGAUACCAUAGAGUUCAUAUUCACUCCUUCCUGUGUGAAAAGUGAAUGUGAUCAGGAGGACCCACUUCAGUCCUUGAAUCUUCCCCAAACCCAGACUGUGGAGAACAGAAAAAGAGACUCUAAACCAGUGGAUGUCAAACCUGUUGGCACUGUGACCCACAUUAAGGGUCUUUACAUUCCCUGUGACCCUCCAGAUAAUAAAAACAAUGCCUCCAGCCACAGGUCAGCCGUAAGCAAUGACCCAGUAGGACUUGACAGCAGCCCACCAUUGGAUCCCAACCGUGACUGUGGUGAAACGUUUUCUCUGAAAGCUGACCUGCAGAGGCAUGCGACUCUCACCAAGAAGAGACUCAGCGAAUGCCGCUUCUGCAAUAAAUGCUACAACUCCACCUGUAAACUGGAAGCCCAUGUCAGACUCUGUCACAGUGGGAAACACUGCACCUGCCCUGUUUGUGGCAAGACCAUCAAAUACAAAGGAGAUCUGUCCAGGCACAUGAGUAUUCACACAGGAGAGAAACCAUUUAGCUGUGGUGACUGUGGAAAAAGCUUCAAUCAGAAGGGGAACCUGAACUUGCACAAACUGACUCACACGGGAGAGAAACCAUUUAGCUGUGGUGACUGUGGGAAAAGCUUCUAUCAGAAGGGAGACCUAAGGAAACAUAUACAGACUCACACACAAGAGAAACCAUUUAGCUGUGGUGACUGUGGGAAAAGGUUCUAUCAGAAGGGGAACCUUACAGAUCAUAUACGGACUCACACAGGAGAGAAACCAUUUAGCUGUGGUGACUGUGGGAAAAGCUUCAAUUUGAAGGGGAACCUAAGGAAGCAUAAACUGACUCACACAGGAGAGAAACCAUUUAGCUGUGGUGACUGUGGGAAAAGCUUCACUCAGAAGUCUAACCUGCUGACCCAUGUGAAAAACAUCCACAAAGGAAGAAAACUGGAUGAAAACUGAAAGAAGAAAAUAAAAUUAAAAGGCAGGAUGUGGACAACAAAAGCAAACAACUCUGGAUCAUUCAUGCUGUGGCUUUCAGAUAAAUACAUGUGUGGUGAAUAUACUUUUGUAUGUAAAUAGCUUUCUAUGUAAAUAAAGUUUGAUUUGAUUUCAAUGAUGAUGUAAUAAUCAAACAGUUCAGAGUAUACUAUCUGCAAGUGAUGUCAUCCUCCUCUAAUCUUUUGAAUUGGCCUGACGGUUAUAUCAGCAAAUUCGUGAAAAUGUGGUCAUUUAAGAUGGAUAUACAAUUAUAUUUGUGGAUGAAUUUACUUCUGACAGAUAUAUUUUAUGACGUUUUUGCGUUUUAGAAUGUCUCUAAAUGUAUUGAGAGAAUGGU